AUGUGGAUACCUCAAGAUGAACAUUUACUAGCCACCAUCCUUCAUCCACAACUCAAACAUUUUGAUAAAAAUCCAUCUGAUAAAAGUAGAGCAAUGCAAGUACUUCAAAAAGAAAUUCACAAACGUACAACAGCAAAUCAAUCAUCAUCUUCAUUUGAUUCAUCUUCUACAUCAAUUACGAUGUCUGCUCUGACAUCAUCAUCAGAAAAGAAAACAACAGAAAUACGAAAAAAAAAUCUUUUAUCCUUAUGUUUUGAUGAUCCUCGAUCACCAACAUCUACUGUUGAUAAAUUUUCUUCAUGGAUGUCUUCGACUUUAACAAUAGAUGAUGAAGAAAAUGAUGAUAUCUUGGGAUUUUGGUCAUAUCAUAAUCAAUCUUUUCCUAUCAUUUCAACCAUCGUACGUGACAUUUUUGCUAUUCCUGCAUCAAACACGACAGUCGAGAGAUUGUUUUCCAUUUCUAAAUAUACUAUAACAGAUAAACGAACAAGAUUAGGAAUGGAAAAGAUAAAUAAAUUAAUGUUUUUAAGAAAAAAUCUUAAUAUUCUUAAAGCUAUAUUUGAUAACCAAACGGGUGACAAGGAAUAA